GUAUUUGUUUCUUUCAGAAUGUCGCCUAUUUGGGUGCUGGGCGCAGUCCUCACAGGGUUUUUCCUGUGUCAGUUUCAUGGAUCUCUAGCAGGUUCUGGUGUUGAAUUGGUGGGGAGGUCACUCUUGCAAGACAAUGACUAUUCUGCUCUACUCGAGGCUGAUGCCAGCCAACAUGGACUUCAAAAAAGACGUUUCCAAACCCCUUGUGGUGAACCUGCAUUUCCGAAACAUGGAUCAUGCAAGAUAGUUGGAAGGGUCGUGUACUAUUCCUGUAAUCGCGGAUAUGCUAUGGUCGGCAAUAGAAGAUCAAUCUGCAUGCCAAACUGUCGCUGGCAAUUUCCAGCACCCUAUUGUAUUGCUUUGUACGUUGGACCAAGAGGUCCUAAAGGUCCACGAGGCCCAGCUGGAGCACCCGGUGCUAAAGGUGAAAAUGGACAACCUGGACAAGUGGGCUGGAGAGGUUCCAAUGGAAUACCAGGAAAGACAGGCGCAGUGGGUUCUCCUGGAGCAGCUGGCAUGCCUGGAUGGCCUGGUUCACGGGGUGCAAUGGGUUUUCGGGGUCGGAGAGGUAUUAACGGACACGAUGGGAUGCCAGGACGCAAAGGAGGUCGUGGAGAAACAGGGCCAAGGGGACGUAUGGGACCAAUGGGACCUCAGGGACUCAGGGGUGACAAGGGGGAUAGUGGACCAAUGGGAAUGGCUGGGGCUGAUGCUGUUGCACUAACAUCUGCAUUUUCAGUUGCACUUGGCACGAGUGUCACUUCAGUUGCCGUACCAAUAGUUUGGCAGAGAACAAUCUACAAUGGAGAUGGGGACUUCCAGGUUAGCUCAGGCAUUUUCCUUUGUAGGAUAUCUGGUGUGUAUCGCUUUACAUACAUCUUCCAAAUCUACACAACAAAUGCAUAUGUAGUUUUCAAAGUAAACGGUGUUAUUGUGUGGAGCACCUACCAGUCUUUUAAUUCCUACUAUGAAGUUGCAUCUGCCAGCUUAAUUAUAGCCAUGAAUCGUGGCGAUAAAGCCUGGUUGGAGAUAAAAGAUGACUGCAAUGGCAUAACUAAGGCAUCUACUUUCCUAGGACAUUUGAUAAGUCCAUGUUAUAUAAAGUAACUUUGUGAUGCUGCCUAGAUUUUUCGUGUGCUUUGUUUUUAAUGCCAGUGGUGUUUCCAUGGAUUAAAAAAACGCUGUUCGGAAAAACCUAGCCUUUCACUUUUUGUGUAUCUAAUUCUAAAAAUCAUUUUUGUGAUUCUUAUUUAAACUUACACCUCUGGGAAAUGUUUCUCUUUUACCUAAAUUUAUUCAUAAAAUAAAAUGCAAUGAUGCAGAUCAGUUUUCUGAAUUUUUUAAAUAAUGAAACAGAUAUUUUUAGCAGAUGGCUAACCAGUCCAGACCAUCCUGGUUAGAUUAAGAAACAACUGACUAUGUGUUACAAGCCAUAGACAGAAAAUUAAUGAGAUACAAGUCCCCAUUUCGUUGGUUGCAUUGAAAAUUGUCAUAAAAGCUAAAAGUGUAAUGGUCUUUAGAAAUUGCUGUAUUGUCUGCAAACAUUUCCUGCUGAAAUUAACCUUCUGAUCAAUGGAAACAGUCUUGGCUUAGUCUUUAUUCAGCCCACUGAAAUCGAAAUACAUUUCCGUCACCUUUGUUUUUGCUACGUUACUAUAUAAUGGGGAACAGAAAUAUGGGGAAGAGGGGGUAACUCGAUCAAUGUGCAUGGAAAAGGAAUGUAUUUUCAGAUGUGCCCACGUUAAGAAUAAUACAGACAGCAACUCACCAUGCUAGUGGCGAUUUAAUGUUGAUAAAGAUACGUUAUUUUAGUUGCUUUCUGCAUCCAGAGAACAAUUAUUAUUUCAUCUGUAAUUGAACACUGUGAACAAGUAUUAAUUUGAAGGGGUUUCUACUCUACUUCCUGUUGAAGAUCAUUCCUCAUCACUAGGCCAUGAAUCUGCAUUACUUCACAAUUAUCCAUUUUGAUGGAUUUUCACCCAUAACCCCAGCUGCACAACAUUAUUUCUGACAGAAAACAUGUGACAAUGCUCAGGCGAUCAAAAUGCCUCUUCAGGACUAUGCAUAGUUUGAAACCUUUAAGGGAUUUAUUAAACGCAGACUUGCAAAUAGCCAUUCACAAGGUUAGCAAAUAAUGUAUUAUCCACAUCACUGGGUGCACAUCUGACCUCCUGCAGUGGCAGGAGUUUACUGCUCAGUGUUAGAGGUGAAGAACAAUACAACACUGCUGUUUGAAUCAAAACCAAAAAAAAAAAAAAUUGUGAAAUGCUUAGCAGUUCAGGCAUCAUUCACAAUGAGAAACAGAAUCAAUGUUUCAGUUGAUGGACUUUCUUUAGAGCCUGCUCUCUCCUAUGUUCAAUUCAUGAUCCACAUCUGAUUUGUCUCCUCGCAAUACUGAUUAAUUAGACCUAUUAAUGUGAAAAUAAUUUUGUUGGUUGAUGUUCCCUAAUUGGAUACAUUCUAACAAUUUUAACAUUUGAAAUGUUCUGGACAAUAGAAUCACUUUAAAAUCUGGUGUAUUGACGAGCCCAUGAAAUUACUGGGCUUGUUAGAACUGUCCUUUUGAAAUGUAGUUUCCUGUGAAAAAUUAACUGUACGGAGAUCUUGAAAGAUACACAAUAAAGAAUAUUGCACUCUCACCCAGUGCCAGACUCUAGCGCAUUUGUUACCCACCCAGUUUGCACAAGUAAUGAAACAAAAAACUCCCUUGUUACUGUCUUCUCUGUUUGAAACUGAACUCCAAUGAUUGCCAUAUGAUUCAAUAAGGCAUGACUUCUGGUAACUGACUAUAUCUCCCUUCCCUGGUUGAUGUGACGAGUGAAAUAUUUAACUUUCAGAUUGAUCAACUUUGGAGCCAUAAUAGGGUUA